UAUGUACGCUGUGUGCACGCGCACGUCGCGUCCACUGUGGUGGGCUCCCUCGCUGCUGCUCUGCUUCACUUCCUCUAUCGACCUCCUCCACGCAGCAUCUCUGCUCUCCAUCCUUCGUCUCCACCCUCCCUCUUCCAUCUCCCCUUCUUCCAUCUUCUCGUCCUCGUCCUCCUCCUCUUCUUCGCUUCCCUCGCGGGCUUGAUGGAUGCGGGCAGCCCAGGAAACAGGAGCCAUGCGAGCCGUGUCAGAGCUGAGCCCAUCCCUCCACAUCCUUAAAUGACCCGGGCUGAGAGGUGUGUGGGGGGAAGUUGGUCCAGACCAGACCAUGGCAUGCGGCCUGCCGUGGGCAUCCAACACUGACCAUGGGACUCCGGUCCAGGACCGUCGCUAGUGGCUCAGAGGAGCAUAAGAAGGAUCCACUGGAUCAGGGUGUCGGUGGCGUGGACAAAGAUGGUGCCCUGUUGCUGGUGUCGGUGGGCCGGGAGGACUACAAGCGGGCCUCUCAGGGCAUGGCCAUUGGGCUCCUGGCCAAGACCCCCCUGAACUACAGCCGGCCUGCCAAAAGGAAUAACAUCCGCAAGAGAAGGAUCCAGAACCUGAUCUAUGACGCCUUGGAGAGACCGCGAGGAUGGGCGCUGCUCUACCACGCUUUUGUGUUCCUGAUUGUUCUGGGCUGUUUGAUUCUGGCCGUGCUGACCACCUUCAGAGAACAUGAGAAGACAUCUGCUCAUUGGCUGGUGGUCCUGGAAACCUUCGCCAUUUUCAUCUUUGGGGCUGAGUUUGCACUGCGAGUAUGGGCGGCGGGCUGCUGCUGUCGCUACAAAGGCUGGCGAGGGAGGCUCAAGUUUGCCCGCAAGCCGCUGUGCAUGCUAGACAUCUUUGUGUUGGUGGCGUCGGUGCCGGUGGUGGCGGUACGUAACCAAGGCAAUGUGCUGGCUACGUCCCUGCGCAGCCUGCGCUUCCUGCAGAUCCUGCGCAUGCUGCGCAUGGACCGGCGAGGAGGAACGUGGAAGCUGCUGGGCUCUGCUAUCUACGCCCACAGUAAGGAGCUGAUCACAGCAUGGUACAUUGGCUUCCUGUCUCUCAUCCUGGCAUCCUUCCUGGUCUAUCUGGUGGAGAAGGACGACGUAUCGGUGGACAUAUCCAACCUGGACGACCCCACCGCUCAGCCCAAAGCUCAGGACUUUGACACCUACGCAGACGCCCUGUGGUGGGGGCUGAUCACGCUGACCACCAUCGGUUACGGCGACAAGACACCAAAAACAUGGGCAGGGAGACUUUUAGCCGGGACCUUCGCUCUCAUUGGCGUGUCCUUCUUCGCACUGCCUGCAGGCAUUCUGGGUUCAGGUCUGGCUCUAAAGGUCCAGGAGCAGCACAGACAGAAGCACUUUGAGAAGCGCAGACAUCCAGCUGCCGGACUCAUUCAGUCAGCGUGGCGCUACUACUCUACCAAUCCAAUCAGGGAAGACCUCAUUGCCACGUGGAGGUUCUAUGAAACCGUCAUUUCUCUUCCGUGCUUCAGGCAAGAGCACCUGGAGGCCAUAGCCAGCCAGAAGAUGACGCUACUGGAACGUGUUCGCCUUCCUAACGCCCGGCCAGCAAUGGCGGCUGUGGCGGUGGCGGCAAGCAGGAAGCUGGCGGCCAACACGGAAUCCAUGGAGGACAGUCCUUCCAAGGAACCCAAACCUGCCGGCUUUAGUAACCGGGAACGUUUCCGCACCGCCUUCCGCAUGAAGGCAUCCACGCUGCGCCAGAGCUCUGAAGAUGCAGCAGCCCUGCCAGAUCCCGUCCUGGAGGAACGAGGCUUCCCAGCUGACAUCUUGCUGGAGGAGAUGAUUCCCACGCUCAAGCUGGUCAUCAGGGCCGUAAGGAUCAUGCAGUUCCUGUUGAACAAGAAGCGCUUCAAGGAGACGCUGAGGCCUUACGACGUGAAAGACGUGAUCGAGCAGUACUCUGCUGGUCAUCUGGACAUGCUGUGUAGGAUCAAGUACCUGCAGGCCAGGAUCGACAUGAUUCUGGCCCCUGGACCCCCCCUGACACCCAAGCAGAAGAAACCACCCAAACCCCCCUUUAACUACCCCACAAACCAGUCCCCCAGGCACGAGUCGUACUUCUCCAAGAGUGUCUCCAUGGCCGACACUGAGGACCAAAGCAUGAUGGGAAGAUUUGUCAGGGUGGAGAGACAGGUGAAGAGGAGGAUCAUCCCACAUGACCUUUCACUUUGUCCAAGCACUCACAGCAUGUGUGUGUGUGUGUGUGUGUGUGUGUGUGUGUGUGAGAGGCAGGUGGAGGACAUGGAGAAGAAGUUAGACUUCCUAGUAGACAUGCACAUCCAGCACAGCGAGCACCUGCAGGUGGACUCUGCUGGCACAGCCCACAUGACCUUGGAAGCCCCCCGCUCCGGGGCCGGAGACAUCCGCGGGCUCUUCCUCAACUAUGCCGAGUCAUUCCCCCACAUGGCCUACCAAGUGCCCCUCGGCAAGGUGGGCUCAUACUAUGGCUUGGGGGGCAGAGGAAAUGGGGAGGAGGCGGGAUCAGCCGCAAGAGGCCACACCUCGCACAUCCAACCGCACCCGCCGCCACUCUCUGUGCCCACCUAUGCCGAGCGUCCCACCGUCUUGCCCAUCAGCUCCCUGCAGGACACGUCGGGGGGGCUCGGCAGGACCAUAGGGGACCGAGCAGGCGACUCGCCGCUGUCGUUGUUGUCAGUGAACCACGAGGAGCUGGAGCGCUCACCAAGCGGCUUCAGCAUCUCUGGCGAGCGGGGUGACGAGGACGAGAAGGGGGCGGGGAGCUUAGCCACGAGGGCCAGGGUAGCCACAGAGGAGGGGGGUCGGACCCGACCCAGACCCGCCUACUUGGCAGAGGGUGAGACUGACACAGACACGGACCCCUUCACGCCCAAUGGGUGUCCACUGCCACUCUCCUCCACGGGGGAGGGGCUUGGGGACGGCGUGUGGAGCACGCCACCCUGAGCUUGACCUUUAACCCAAGCCACGCCUCCAAGCUCCACCUUCACACUUGAAGCACUCAGAGGAGGUAGUCAGUGAUGUCAUCGUGAUGUCAUUGCGUGCACGGCCGCGUGUUAACACAACGUGACGGCCAACUGCAUGUGACGCAUGACUAGCGUAGACGCUGCUUCUGCUAUGCCAUUUUCUACUUUCACUUUUCUUUUGCAUGGACCGCAUGCUCGGAUGCCAUCUACUGGCCAACCAAAACUCACUGAUGUAUCUGUGGGAGUGAGUGGUUGUGUGUGUUUGUCAGAGUUGUAAAGUAGGCGGUGCUUCACUGUCACAGUGCUGAAUGAUUGACAGCCUCAGAGUGUCAUCAAUCAAUCAAUCAAUCACGUGACGUCCAAUGUGCCAAAAUCCUCCAAAAUGUCUUUUUGUUUGUCCUUAACGACCCAACAACUUUGAUUAGUCCUGAUGGAGCGUCACCGCUGACAACAAGCCAUCGUACAAAAAAACAACGUUUGUAGCAGCAGUUUGUUCAUCCGUCAUUCCAAUGAAUUUACAAUAUUUUGUCAAGAUUUUCUAACAAAACUUAUUUUCUACGUUUAUACAACAAAGUCUACUCCUGAGGCAACAACCUUCUGAUUUUCUAUUGUCUUCUGACCUUUACCCUUCCCAUGGCAAGAAAAGACAGGAAGUGAGAGGCGGGUCCUCAGUAGCCUUCAGAGUAAUAACAACCAUAAUAAUCAUAAGAAUUAUAAUAAUAAUCAUGUCAUGUUUUUAGCCGCUUAUUAAAUGCUACACUUAUUACCACUUUAGAUUAGCACACUUCUUGUCGUCAUGUGACAACUUCAGUCACAUGACACUUCAGGCUUCCACUGAUUUAACACACUGGCCACUUUAUUAGGCACACCUGGUUAAAAUUAGAAACUACUGUUCAAUGAAUGUCUUGAAAAUGAACAUUAUAUGAAUCUAUGCUAAUGGUUCACAUUAGCUGGUGUACCUAAUGAAGUGGCCGCCUUGACUUAGAGUCGCCGUAUUCUAGCUCCCAGCAUGCUUUAGAGAACCACAUCUACUCUUGAAUAUUUCAAAGUACAAAAAGCUUCUUUCCUUGGUUCAUUUUAUAUAUAUAUUAAUUUAAGGGCAUGUAUAAUGAUAUCAUAUUUAACGUGUAAUCCAGUAUUUACAUGAAGACACAAUUUUUCCCUUCAAGAAUGUUGAAUGAGAGUUUUGUUUGUUAGCAUGCUGCUAGCUGACGGGCAAGUGGACCUUCAGCACAAGCAAACGUUUGUUGUUGUCACGGAGUCACGACGAAUGACCUUAACCUUGAUUCCUUGAACUGAGAAAGCAUUUUGGAAUCAGGAAGUCAUUUUGUGUGUCUGUGCUAACAUGCAGGCUUCAUGAGAUGCUUUCUUGUUCAAUUCUUUUUUUUUUUUUUAAAGUUCCGUUCGUGGACCUUCCAGAAGGUUCUGGAGCGAUUUGUUGUUGUUUUGUACCAGCACACACACACACACACACACACACACACACACACACACACGCACACAUUCUAGUGAGUCCUGAAGGUUGCACAGGUUCUGCUGGAGAACAUAAAGUCCAAAAUGUCUUUUCUUACCACAAAAA